UCAUCAUCAUCAUCAUCGCUGUGCACGCGCGUUCUCCAUCCAAGCGACGGCUCCUCAUCUUUUUUUUUUUCCCCCAGAAGUUGGGACCUAAACAGAAGGAGCUUUCCUGUAAAUGAGGAUGGACGCUUUAAACCAACCGAACAACCUGUUCUCCAGGGCGGAGUAGUGUGAUAUAUCUGGUAACAGGGUAGAGCAGUGAUCGUUUUGUUUUUAGGCCUAUUUUAUUUUCUUUCUUUAACCAGCAACACACAGCUAAGCUAGGACUGUUAGCUAGCUAGCUAACUGCUUUCCGAACAGUUUGGACCCUAGCAUCCGUUUUCUUCUGUUGAAUCGAUUGGAGAAAGACAUCGUUUUAUGGAUUUUCACUUAUCGUCUGAUGAAGUGAAGUGAUUAAAAAAAAAAAAAAAAAAAAAGUCGUUUAUCUUGAAAGGCCAGAUCCAGUUUUUCUGCUAAACCCGAGAACAUAAACAGAGCCAGAAGAUCGUGCUAACUAGCUAACUAAAGGACUAGUGUGUUGUAUCUACUGUAGAUGAUUCUCCUGUACCGUUAUGGACAUGUUUGGUGAUAAAGCCUACACGGUUUUUCAAAAUUGCUCAGUUCUCAGUAGGCUUGUAAUUUCUGGUUUAUCCAACAUAAAGUAGAGACAACAAAAAAACUUAUUUUGUACAGUUUAGUUGUUAUUUAAUGCGUGGAAAGAGCUAACUAGCUAGUUAGCAAACUUAUUUGAUUAAGCUUCGAGGCCGAUUAGUUUAGGUUAGUUUUAGUUCUUUUUUUUAACAGAUUCUCGAGUUGCAAAGAUGUCGUUUUUUAACUUGAGGAAGAUAUUUAAGAUUGGCACGGAGAAAAAGAAAAAACAAUACGAACACGUCCAUAGAGACGUGAAUCCGGAGGAAGUGUGGGAGAUUGUAGGAGAGCUCGGAGAUGGAGCCUUCGGGAAGGUCUACAAGGCUCAGAACAAGCAAACAGGAAUACUUGCAGCUGCUAAAGUGAUUGACACUAAAACAGAGGAGGAGCUGGAAGACUACAUGGUUGAGAUAGAAAUCCUUGCUUCCUGUGACCAUCAGAACAUUGUCAAACUGCUUGAUGCAUUUUACUUUGAGAGCAAGUUGUGGAUACUUAUCGAGUUUUGUGCAGGAGGUGCAGUCGAUGCUGUCAUGUUGGAGCUGGAGCGGCCACUGACGGAGCCACAGAUCCGUGUGGUGUGUAAACAGACCUUAGAUGCACUGACUUACCUUCAUGAGAAUAAGAUCAUCCACAGAGACCUGAAAGCUGGAAACAUUCUGUUAUCUGCAGACGGAGAGGUCAAAUUGGCUGACUUUGGAGUGUCCGCAAAAAACACAAGGACUCUACAACGAAGAGAUUCUUUCAUUGGGACUCCUUACUGGAUGGCUCCUGAAGUGGUGAUGUGUGAGACAUCCAAAGACAGACCAUAUGACUACAAAGCAGACAUCUGGUCUCUUGGGAUCACACUGAUCGAGUUGGCACAGAUUGAGCCGCCUAAUCACGAAAUGAACCCUAUGAGAGUCCUGCUCAAAAUAGCCAAGUCUGAGCCCCCUACACUCAUGCAGCCCUCCCGAUGGUCUCCAGAAUUCAGUGAUUUCCUAAAGAAAGCAUUGGAUAAGAAUAUAGACCACAGAUGGAGCACCACUCAGCUCCUGCAGCAUCCGUUUGUUUCAAGCGUAACUGAUAGCAAACCUCUGCGUGAGUUGAUUGCUGAGGCUAAAGCAGAAGUGUUUGAGGAGUUUGAGGAAGGCAAAGAAGAGGAGGAAGAAGAAGAGACAGACACACAGCUCGAUGCACGGGGACAUAAGCGUGCGCUGUCUGAAAUCAGCACUGGCAGUUUAGAGGACGAGAAGCUUUCUGACAAUGCAUCCACGCUGGAAUCGGUCACUGAGAAAGAUGAACCACAGGCAAAACCCAAAAUAGCUGAAGACAACAAGAGUAGCCAGGAGGAAGUCCAGAUUUCAGAAAACACUCCCGAGGAGAAGAUUCCUGAAGUUCCAGAAACCCAGAAAGAUUCUGUCCUGAAGUCUGUGACUGUCAGUGAAGAGACUGGAGAGGAGGAGAAGGAACAGAUUGGGAUAAAUGAUUCUAAUCAGAGCUGUGUGGAAGAAAAUAAAAUGGCAGAUGAGCAAAAAGAUCAGCAGGUAGAGAUAAAGGAGGACACGACGCCAGAACUUUCUGUAGAGGAAAGCACUGAACCUGCGGAAAUGGCCAACCCAGAGAACCAGAAAGAAGAUGGUACUGAACAGGGUAAGGUGAGCAUGGUUGACACUGGAAAGGCAGAGAACUUGGUUGAGACUGAAGGAGAAACGGACAAGAAGAACGAUGAUGUGGCGCAGGAGAACGAGGGAGAAGAUACUGGUAUCAAUAUACUCACGGAGGAGAAAAAGAAAGAUGAGAUGGAAGAAAAGGAGAUGCAACCCGAAGCUGCAGAGGACCAACCUAAAACUGAAGAAGAUGCUAAGAAGUCUCUAGAAGUGGAAAAUAAAUUUGAGUCAGACAUUCCUGCUAAGCCAGAAAAAAUGGUAAAAGAAAACAUGACCUCUAUGGAUGUGUCACCUGUCAUCAUUAAUGGGGAAAAAGGUGAGAUAAACCAUAUAUUAAAGAGAAGCCCAGAAGCAAAUAAUGAACCGUCUGCAUCCCCUGAUGCAGCUACAGAGUAUGAGGUAGACCAGAAUAAAGCGGUGGCUAUUAAGCCCGAUAUUGAGAAGGACUCUGAUUCAGGAAGCAGCUCUGCAGCAGAUACCAACAGCAUUGACAUGAACCUUUCUAUCUCCAGCUUCCUAUCCAGAAGUAAGGAGGGGUCUAUUUCUGUGCAGGAUGCCAAGUACCAGAAGAAGACUCUGAAAAAGACUCGUAAGUUUAUGGUGGAUGGGGUAGAGGUCAGUGUCACCACUUCAAAGAUAGUUACUGAUAAUGACACCAAGAAUGAAGAACUGCGCUUUUUAAGGCGACAGGAGCUACGUGAGCUGAGGCUGCUACAGAAGGAGGAGCAAAGAGCACAUCAACAGCUCACCAAUAAGCUGCAGCAGCAGAAAGAGCAACUCUUCCGGCGCUUUGAGCAGGAGAUGGCAGGAAAGAAGCGUCAGUAUGACCAGGAGGUCGAGAACCUAGAGAAGCAGCAGAAGCAAUCUGUUGAGCGUAUGGAACAAGAUCACACUAAUCGUCUGAGGGACGAGGCAAAGAGGAUCAAAUCUGAGCAAGACAAGGAGCUUUCCAAGUUCCAGAACAUGCUAAAGAAUCGCAAGAAAGAGGUCAAACAGGAGAUCAGCAUGUCCCCCAAACACAUGAGAAAAGAGCUUUUGAAACGCUUAAAGGAUGACCUCGUUAUUGUUCAGCAAGAAGAGGAACAGGAGUUUCUGCAGAAGCAACAGCAGGAGUUGGACGGCGCUCUGAAGAAAAUCAUUCAGCAGCACAAACUAGAGAUCGCCACCAUAGAACGAGAUUGUCUUAACCAUAAGCAGCAGCUUUUAAGAGCACGUGAGGCAGCCAUGUGGGAGUUGGAGGAGCGCCACUUGCAGGAGAAGCACCAGUUGCUGAAGCAGCAGUUGAAAGAUCAGUACUUCAUGCAGAGGCACCAGCUUCUAAAGAGACAUGAAAAGGAGAUGGAGCAGAUGCAGGGUUAUAACCAGCGCCUCAUAGAAGAGAUGAAGAACAGGCAGGCUCAGGAGAGAGCCCGACUACCAAAGAUCCAGCGCAGUGAAGCGAAAACUCGUAUGGCCAUGUUCAAAAAAAGUCUGCGCAUCACUGGCACAGGAACUCCGGAGCAGGACAGAGAGAAAAUUAAACAGUUUGCUGUACAGGAAGAGAAGAGACAAAAGAAUGAACGACUUCAUCAGCACCAGAAGCAUGAGAACCAGAUGAGAGACCUUCAGCUUCAGUGUGACUCUAAUAUCAGAGAGCUUCAACAACUACAGAAUGAGAAGUGCCAUGUGCUGAUUGAGCAUGAGACUCAGAAGCUGAAGGAGCUGGAUGAGGAGCACAGUCAAGAGCUUAAAGAGUGGAGAGAGAAACUUCGUCCCAGAAAGAAGGCUCUUGAAGACGAGUUCACUCGGAAAAUGCAAGAACAGGAAGUCUUCUUUAAAAUGAGUGGGGAAUCCGAGUGCUUGAACCCCACUGCACAAAGCAGAGUUUCUAAGUUCUACCCUAUUCCUAGUGUCCAUUCUUCCGGUUCAUAACCCACACCAUACAAGGCAAUAGAAGGAUGUGCGACAUCAGCCUGGAGCUCCGUCUCUGUCUGAACUUCCACUAUAUAUGACAUGAGGAACAUUGGAUUGAAGUUAAUGAUCACCUGUAUAUGGAAGGGACUAAACAUUAUAUCAGCUAUGGAAAACAAAGUUCAUUAGUAAAUUACCUGCUGUUAAACUACAAAUCCAAUGGAUUAAAUUUUUUAUUUCUUUGUUUUUAGUCUGCUGGAAGUUUUGCAUUAGAAACAAAUAUACUUUUUUCUUGGAGAAAUUGAUUCUUGGAAGCAAGUAUCAGGUGUCUGUGUAAGGUCUACAGUGUAUGAGUCCUGCUAUGAUGAUUAUAGUGUAACUUUGUAACGUAUCCCCCAAAUUAUUGAAACUGUAGAAGACCAACAAUCUUGUGAGUGUGCAUGUGUGUUCGAAAGAGUGAGAGAAUGCGAGUCUGUGUGUUUAUGAUCAACAGAUUUAUGCCUUGUAUCAAACCAAGCUGCCCCACACCCCUUUCUGAUCUUUUGCUUUUCAUAGUUUUCCACUGUUUGAGAUUCAUUUUCUUAUUGUUUCCAUAUUGUUUCAGCGAAUGCAUUUCCUGUCAUCUAUCUAAUAUUAAACAAUAGACUAUUACAACUUUAAUCGAAGUAAGGUAAUGAAGGCUAAGCUUUUUCUCUAUAUACUGAUAUAAAGGCAUUUUGUACAAUACUAGAUGAUGUGAAACAUCAAACGCAUCUUCUAAUAUGCACAAUAUUAGACCUGUGUCUGACAAGAGGGUUCUUUUGUUAUAGCCCCAAAAGGAAACUUGAGGUAUACUGAAAGUAAUUUUCCACUAGUUGAGAAAGGAAGAAGAAUGAGAUUGUUUGUAUAAUUAUCUGUGUUCUGUCCAGUGGUUUCUGAAGAAUUUAUUAUACAAAAUGUUAACUUGCACAUAUUACUCUGUUUACUCUGGUUUGUUUUUGAUGAUGCGGAUGGCAUUGUUAUUUGGAUGUACAGCAGUGUGAGAAUGUUUAUCUCCUUCCAUCAGUAAGAUGCAAUUGUUUUGAACUAUUUCUCUGUAUCUAUUUCUGUCAUGCAAGAAUGCCACUCGUGCAUAAAUUCUGCUAUGCAGCUCAUGCAUAUGUGGCUUAACCCUGCAUCAUUACGUGUUACGUCCUGCAGCCUAGACACAGCUCCUUCCAUUUAGGGAUCACGCUGAUGACUAGAUGGUUUAUUGCUUAGCGACAGGGGGAGAAUGAAAAAAUGAGCUCCCAGCAUGCUCUGCGUGCAGCAUAUAGCUGAGACCAGACUCUCAGCAGUAGGAACACAUUUUCACUGAGAAACUGCAUUUAGCAGAUGCAUUUUAUUUUAUGUUAUUUUAUUGGGGGGGGGGGGGUGUGUCAGAAAUACAUGUUUGAUGUAGUUUCUGUACAACAUUUACCAUGCAUAUGUGUUCAUACUAGUUUUGCAUGCUGAAAUCCCAAAUGCUGGAUUUUAACUGGAGCUCUAUGGACUUUAUUCUCUUUAAGUCCCGUUGUGCUAGUAGAGCCUUCGGCUGAAUCCCUAGAGCUGCGCAAGUUGCCUCACAGAUCCGGAUCUUUGCCACUGGGAUAGCAACAAUUUAUCCUGACGGUUUUAUUUGUCUGGGCAGUGGAAUUUAAACCUUGUGCACUUUGGUGGUAUGUCUAAAGCGUUUUAAUAUUGAUUUGGCUAAUAUACUGAAUAGCUGGUGUUAUGCUGUAAAUAAAACCAUACCAUUGUAUUUUA